AUGAAGAAGGAAGUGGUAGGAUUGGCAGCAGUGAGCACAGCAGCAACAGUUGUGGUGGUAGCAGCAGUUAUAAGGCAAUGGAAACGAAAAGAGCAACAGUGUAACCAAACUCAAAGAAUUAUACACAAAUUUGCCACGGAAUGCGCCACUCCCGUCUCCAAGCUAUGGCAGAUAGCAGACGCAUUGGUGUCUGAUAUGCACGCUUCAUUGUCAUCAAAUCACUCAAACAAAACCCUUAAUAUGCUUGUUUCUUACGUUGAUUCACUUCCAAAUGGGGAUGAGAAGGGGUUAUUCUAUGGAAUAAAUUUGAGAGGAACCAAUAUUUUGAUAUUGUGUGCGAGACUUGGAGGAAACGAUAACCCUAUUACUGAUUUACACAGGGAGGAGAUUCAUAUUCCUCCUAAUGUGAAUUUUGGAACUUCACAGGAAUUAUACGAUUUCAUGGCUGUAGAGAUAGAAAAAUUUGUCUCUGCACAUCCAGAGGACGAUGAUGCUCCACAAAAAGAAAAGAAAUUGGGUUUUAUCUUGUCAUAUCCAGUGGAGCAAGUUGCAUCAACCUCUGGCUCUGCUAUAAAGUGGAAGCGUUUUGCGGUUAAUGAUGCAGUUGGAGAAACACUCGUGGCUGAAGUCAAUCAAGCUCUGGGGAAACUUAACAUGAACAUUCGUGUUCAUGCAUUGGUUGAUGAUACAAUUGGAAAUCUAGCUGGAGGUAGAUACUAUGACCGAGAAACUAUUACUGCUGUUACUCUUGGAAUGGGCACAAAUGCUGCCUAUAUUGAAUCACCACAAGCAGUCGCUAGUUGGGAAGGCCCAUCACCCAAAUCAGGCGAGAUGGUUAUUAGCACGGAAUGGGGAAACUUCAGUUCCCCCCAUAUUCCGAGAACUGAAUUUGAUGCUUAUUUAGAUGCUGAAAGCUUGAAUCCUGGUUCCAGGAUUUUUGAAAAGCUAAUUUCAGGAAUGUAUUUGGGAGAAAUUGUGAGAAGAGUACUACUGAAGAUCGCCCAAGAAACUGCCUUAUUUGGAGAUACUGUACCUCCAAAACUUAGAGUUCCGUACCAAUUAAGCUCACCGGAUAUGGCUAUCAUGCAUCAAGACACAUCUGAAGAUCAUGAAGUCGUCGGUAAAAAACUCGAGGAAAUUUUCGAGAUAACAAAUUCUAGUAUAAUGGCAAGAGACGUUGUGGUGGAGGUUUGUGACAUUGUUGCAGAACGUGGAGCACGCCUAGUAGGAGCUGGCAUUGUGGGGAUUCUAAAGAAGAUUGGUAGAAUUGAGCAUAAGAGAAGUGUAGUAAUUGUUGAAGGUGGACUUUACGAGCACUACAGACUCUUCAGAAAUUAUUUGCACAGCAGUAUAUGGGAAAUGCUAGGGACUGAACUCUCAGAAAAUGUAAAAUUUGAAAACUCUCAUGGGGGCUCUGGAGCUGGGGCUCUUUUUCUAGCUGCUUCUCAAUCGUAG